AUGGAUCCAGAACAGACCUUCAUACGUGUUCAGGAGAGAUUCUCGCAGAUGCUAACUCCGAAAGUGAGAGUGACUUUGGAGUAUUUAUAUCUAUUCAUAGCCAUCACUUUGUUCUGUAUUCUUGUUGUUAUGCACGCCAAUUACGUUCAACAGCCUGGUUGUUCAGGUGAGCUAUCUCAAGUACUGAAAUUAGAAGCACAGCUUAUUCAGAUUAAGAUAACCAGUGCUGGUUUGUGGUCACACAACGAUUCCGAAUCCAACAUAAUAGAUCUUCCUGAAGUAGAAGCUCUAAAAGAUAGCACAGAGGUUUCUGAAGUCAAUCAAGAUGAUUCGACAUUUUUAGGUUCCAAGUUUUUGUGGAACUGGAUUGGUUCAGGUGCUAGGAAGGGAAAUUUGGCAUUCAAGUUUUGGAAGACUGAAAGUGAAUUUCUUGAACAUCAAGCUGAGACCUCUACAAGCAACCAAAACCCCAGGCCAGUGGUUGAAGAUGCCGUCAUCAAAAUUGAUAAAGAGGAGCCACGAAGUAGUUUUACCUUAUCAGCCAAAGAGACACUAAAAGGGGCAAUUAUACAUUUUGGUAAAAAGUGGUAUAGGCGAAUCUCAUUCAUUUGGAGACACACAAAACAGAUAAUUGGAAGUUUCCAGAAGCUGUGGGAUAUUACUGGUGUACACCUCAAUCUUGAUAUUCCCAAAUGGAUGCGUAUUCUUCAUUUGGACAAGGUUAACUCUAAUGCAGUGCAAUGGCUUAAAAAGAAAACAAAGUUGUCUGAACCCACAUAUCUAUACACCAUGGAAAAGGGGUAUUUCUUGUUACCCGAAAGUGCCAAGGCUCAACAUAAUAUACGUACUGUGAAUGUAAGCAUAUCAGCCUGGCACUCUUGCUUCGGAAACAGGUGGCAACAACUACUCAUAAACAGAUUUGUAGGAUAUGAUACAAUUUUAAUCAACAGUUUAUUGAGUUCUCCUGGUCAAGGUUAUCUUUAUAAUUAUCAAUCAAAGGAAUUCUUUAACCUUAGUUUUGCUCUAGAAAUUCCUGAAGUUCCAGAUAAGUUUGGAGACUACCUUGUAACGAAGUGUGGCGUGCUUAUGAUGUCUUUAUUUGUUUUUUUUACUACCACAAUGUCCGUGUCAUUUACAUUGAGAGAAACACAGACUCGCAUGCUGAAGUUUACAGGCUCUCAAGUUCCUGGAACUACCGCAGUAACUUAG